AUGCUGCAGCAGGUCCUGCAGGGCAGCCUGGCAGCAGAUGGGUGCUCGGCCACCCCAGCCUUCCACACCAACUUCAGCCACGUGGGGCUGUGCCUGCGGGGUGCACGUGCUGCCUGGCCACACGUGGUACUGAUCAAGGUGCUGUGUGUCCAGUGGACAUCAGGCACCUACAGCAUCACUCCUCUCAACCUGUCAGACCCGCUCCCUCUGGCCGGCAAGCUCACCUGCACAGGUGAUGAACAGAGACCCCCGCCCUCCCUCAGCGCCAGCACCUGGGGCCGCGGUGCCCACCGCCCGCCCGAGCCCAGCACCGGAUCUCCCCAGUCCUCCUGCCCCUGUUACCUGCCCCUGGAAACUCACUGCGCCGACCCCCAGCCAGGAGGGUACUCACGCCUGGAGGCGCUGCCCGCUCCGGUGCAGACACAGCUGCCGCGGGGAAGGGCGUCCCAGCGGCCGCUCCGGAGCUGCACGCAGGGCCACGCCGCAGAGCCCAGAAGACACGAGAGCAUGGGGACCACCCAGUGCGGACUGCUCACCGAGCGAACAGAAGAAGUCCUCUUUUGUUUUUCAGAACUACUGUUCCCGCAGAUCACAGAGAGCCCCGCCCAGAGGCGGGCACAGGUACGAGCCGGCCAAUCAGAGUACACCCAUCCUAGGCCAGAGACAGAUCCAGGGGUAAGGAAGGGACCACAGUGCAGCCAGUCAGGCCUCCGCUUGGGGGAGCGGAUGAGCUCAGGGUCGUCUGAGGUCACCUUGCCCACGAAUGCAGAGGAGAGCAGGGAGGGUGAGAGAGAGAGACUUGGGGACGCCUUUAGAGCCCCUGGACACAGCCAUGCCAGAGGAGGUGGGGGUGAGACUGAGCCUGGAUUAGCUGGGGCCAGCGGCAGGGAAGCUUCUAGAGCUGCAGGGCAGCCAGAGAAGUGGGUGCAGCCAGGCGCGGGCACCAUGCCGCUGCAGGACGACACCCUCCGAGAGGUGUGGGCCUCAGACAGCGGUCACGAGGAGGAAGGCCAGAGCCCUGAGGUCCGGCAGCGCGCCAAGCAGCGACAGAAGUUGAGGAAGAAAAAGCCAGAAGCCCCAGAGGCCCCCUGCCCCACGGGAUCCAAGCCCCGGAGACCUGGAGCCGGGAGGAAGGGGAAGCCGCGGGAGGAGGCCGCGCAGGGACCGGCUGAGGCCCGGGCAGCGCAGACGGUCUACACCAAGUUUCUCAGGGACCCCGAGGCCAAGAAGCGCGACCCCCGGGAGACCUUCUUGGUAGCCCGCGCCCCAGACGCCCCGGACGCGGAGGACGGGGAUGAGGAGGAGGGAGAGGAGGACCUGGAAGAUGAAGACGAAGAGGAGGAAAAGAAGGAGAGAGUCCGCCUGCCUCCCAAGAAAGCCGCCAAGGAGAAGGCUUCUACAGACAUAAAGGAGAGGAAGACCAAGGCCCAGGGUCCAAAGGGAGAUCUGGGAAGCCCUGGCCCCCCACUGAAACCUCUGCGAGUUAAGAAAAAGGAGGCUCCAGCGGGGGAAGGGACCAAGAUAAGAAAGAUGAAGAAGAAAGGGUCCGGGGAGGCUGACAAGGACUGCUCCGUGAGCCCAGGCAGGGUGAAGAAGACACCAGCGGCCAUGUUUCUGGUUCCCGGGGAUGGCCCGUUGCAGAAAGCUCUGAAGAAGGGCACUCCCAAAGGCUCCGAAGAGGAGAAGAAGGAGGACGGGGAGGAGGAAGAGGCGGCCGCGGUGGUGACCAAGAACAGCAAUCAGAAGGGCAAAGCCAAGGGAAAAGGCAAAAAGGUGGGAAAGGAGGACAGGGCCCCAUCCCCACCCGUGGAAGUGGAUGAACCCCAGGAGUUCGUGCUUCGGCCUGCACCCCAGGGCCGGACGGUCCGCUGCCGGCUGACCCGAGACAAGAAGGGCAUGGACCGCGGUCUGUAUCCCUCCUACUUCCUGCACCUGGACACCGAGAAGAAGGUGUUUCUCUUGGCCGGCAGGAAGCGGAAGCGCAGCAAGACCGCCAACUACCUCAUCUCCAGCGACCCCACCAAUCUGUCCCGGGGAGGGGAGAAUUUCAUUGGGAAGUUGAGAUCCAACCUCCUGGGGAACCGCUUUACGGUCUUUGACAAUGGGAAGAACCCGCACCGCGGCGGCAGCACGGACGUGGGAAGCCUUCGGCAGGAGCUGGCGGCCGUAAUCUAUGAAACCAAUGUGCUGGGCUUCCGAGGUCCCCGGCGCAUGACGGUCAUCAUUCCUGGCAUGAAUUCCGACAACGAGAGGGUGCCCAUUCGGCCUCGCAAUGCCAGUGACGGGUUGCUGGUACGCUGGCAGAACAAGACACUGGAGAGCCUCAUUGAGCUGCACAACAAGCCCCCCAUUUGGAACGAAGACAGUGGCUCCUAUACCCUCAACUUCCAAGGCCGAGUCACCCAGGCCUCGGUCAAGAACUUCCAGAUUGUCCACACCGAUGACCCCGACUACAUUGUGCUGCAGUUCGGCCGCGUGGCCGAGGACGCCUUCACCCUAGACUACCGGUACCCGCUGUGCGCCCUGCAGGCGUUCGCCAUCGCCCUCUCCAGUUUCGACGGGAAGCUGGCUUGCGAGUGA